GCGGGUGGCAGCGACGGUCUCGGUCCGUGGGUUCUUCUCCGCCAUCGCCUGGAGCACGUCACUGAACCGUCCACCAUGUCGAUGGGGCUGGAGAUCGGCGGCGUGGCCUUGUCCGUGCUGGGUUGGUUGUGCAGCAUCAUCUGCUGCGCGUUGCCCAUGUGGAAGGUGUCGGCCUUCAUCGGCAACAACAUCGUGACGGCCCAGAUCCUCUGGGAAGGGCUGUGGAUGAACUGCGUGGUGCAGAGCACGGGGCAGAUGCAGUGCAAGGUCUAUGACUCCAUGCUGGCGCUCCCUCAGGACCUGCAAGCUGCCCGUGCCCUGCUGGUGGUGGCCAUCAUCUUGGCCGUCCUGGGCUUAAUGGUGGCCAUCGUGGGCGCCCAGUGCACCCGCUGCGUGGAGGAUGAGAGCACCAAAGCCAAGAUCACCAUCGUCUCCGGCGUCAUCUUCCUCCUCUCUGGUGUCAUGACCCUCAUUCCUGUCUGCUGGUCGGCCAACACCAUCAUCCGGGAUUUCUACAACCCGCUGGUGAUCGAAGCGCAGAAGCGAGAGCUGGGCACCUCGCUCUACGUGGGCUGGGCAGCCUCCGCACUCCUGCUGCUGGGGGGGGGCCUGCUCUGCUGCUCCUGCCCCCCCAAAGACGACAGGUACCCCACGGGCAAGGUGGCCUACUCUGCCCCACGCUCCGCCGUCACCAGCUACGACAAGAGGAACUAUGUCUGAGCCCCCCCCAG